UGUCUCUCUCAGACGAGCGGUUUCCACAUCAGAGCAGAGGAGAGUCGUCACCGCGCGCAGACGGAGCAACAGAGUGAAGUUCUUUUGUUUCACUCCGCGCUCUCUCUCCGGCUCAAACUUCUCCGCUCGUGUUUCUCGAUGCGCGUAAAAAAAAACAACUUUUGGAGAGCACCCUCCCUCCGCCUCCCUUCCCUCUGAGUGCGUAAUUAGUUGGAGAGCGUUUGGAAACUUGUGAUGGCCGUGAAGAAAUCUCGCUUUAUUUCCGACACCUGUUGCUGAACACACCGCGCACACAGACGUACACCGCGGGGAGCGCGUUGCCGCUGAUAUCUGACCACAUUUCUACAUUUCUACAUGACAAGUUCGGACAUUUUGGGUACCGACAGGUCCACGGCUGGCGCUGCGCUCCCGCAAGAACUUUCGUGUGGCACUUCUCUGUGAAGGUGAUCGAGCAGCGAAAGGGAGGACAUUUAAUGUGACACCUAGAAGCAUUUAUAACGCAGUGAGCGCUCUGCAGCGGGCUGAAGGGGUUUCCCUUUCAAUAAAACCACCGACUUGUCUAUAGUUUCCCCAGCCGGACAGAGAGUCACACUUUUCGGACUUGAGCGCUUCGGAUGGUGGGAGGACAAACUUUUUGUUGGAGAGCUGAGCAACAACUGGAUUCGAGCACAGCAGAACAGCAGAGCACUUUCCCCAGCACCGGCUGUGUGGCGGUGACGCUGCGGACCAUGGACAACAGGCCUGUCCGGAGAAAGCGAACCGGUGCCGUUCGACAUCUGCUGCUGGCAGCCGCCUUCCUCGCAUGCAGCUCCCAACUGCUGGUGGUGGAUGCCAACUCAUGGUGGUCACUAGCUCUGACCCCGAUCCAGCGGCCAGAGAUGUACAUCAUUGGAGCACAGCCUCUCUGCAGUCAGCUGUCUGGUCUAUCUCAAGGCCAGAGGAAGCUGUGCCAGCUGUACCAGGACCACAUGGUCUACAUCGGAGACGGAGCCAAGACGGGCAUCAAGGAGUGCCAGUACCAGUUCAGACAGAGGAGGUGGAACUGCAGCACUGUGGACAACACAUCCGUGUUUGGACGGGUCAUGCAGAUUGGCUCCAGGGAAACAGCCUUCACUUACGCCAUCAGCGCAGCUGGGGUGGUCAACGCCAUCAGCCGGGCAUGCCGCGAGGGCGAGCUCUCCACCUGCGGCUGCAGCCGUGCCGCUCGACCCCGCGACCUGCCGCGCGAUUGGCUGUGGGGUGGCUGCGGCGACAACGUGCAUUACGGCUAUCGCUUUGCCCGGGAGUUCGUGGACGCCAGGGAGAGAGAGAAGAACUACCCACGGGGUUCUACUGAGCACGCCCGAACACUGAUGAACCUGCAGAACAAUGAAGCAGGGAGACAGGCAGCCUAUAACCUCGCAAAUGUAGCCUGUAAAUGUCACGGCGUCUCGGGUUCCUGCAGUCUGAAGACCUGUUGGCUCCAGCUGCCCGACUUUAGACGCGUUGGCGAGUUCCUGAAGGAGAAGUACGACAGUGCGGCUGCCAUGCGCAUUGGACGCAAGGGCAAGCUGGAGCUGGUCGACAAGCGCUUCAACACCCCGACCGCGGAGGAUCUGGUCUACACUGACACCAGCCCCGACUACUGCCUCCGCAACGAGACCACGGGCUCGCUGGGCACGCAGGGCCGCCUCUGCAACAAAACCUCGGAGGGCAUGGACGGCUGCGAGCUCAUGUGCUGCGGCAGAGGAUACGACCAGUUCAAGACCUACAAGCACGAGCGCUGCCACUGCAAGUUCCACUGGUGCUGCUACGUCAAGUGCAAGCGCUGCACGACGCUCGUGGACCAGUUUGUGUGUAAAUAGCACGCUGGCAGAUGAUGGAACGGAUGGAAGGGGAUGGGGGGAAAAAAAGGAGGAGAGGGAGAGAUGAAGAGGUGACGGGAUGAUGGAGGGUGAGGGGUAGAUGAAAUUUCAGGGUUUUGUUCAGGAUAAGUUAAGACACACAACGUCCGUUUUCUGUCCAGUUUCCCUUCUCUCUUCCAUUUAUACAUCGCUGCCUUUUGCAUGUGAAGAGCAAAAGCUGCUUUACACCUGUGUGGCCCUUUUUAUGUGUGUGUGUGUGUGUGUGUGUGUGUGAAUAGCACAAUGAUGGUGAUGAUAGAUGGGAAAGAGGACCAGACAGAUGUGAAGAUAGACAAAAGUAGGGAGCAAGGGAGGCAUGUGAUUUCUUCCAUGUUUUUCGGACAACUCUGAUAUUUGUUCUUCAACGGAUAUUCCUGUUUCUCACCGCUCCAGCGUCACAUUCUGCUUUCCUGUAUGAUAUCCUGAUCUCAACCCUGAAAGGAACGGCGUUCGGAAAGGAAGGAAGGACAAAACACAACGGAUGCCCACAGAAGGACAUCAAGGAUAAAUGGACCUAGCAAGUGGAAUAACUGGAUCCGAAAAAAGGGGGACACAUAUGACUAGUGUGAUGACAGAAAUAUGAGAGAUGAAAUAAAUAUAUAAAUAAAUAAUAAAUAAGCAUACAACUCUGAUUGUUAUUUAAAGAGACUUAAACGAACCUAAGGCACACUUUGGACCCAUAAAACUCAUGUGUUCAGGAAUCCCACCAAUCAAUACAGUCCUUUAGGACUUUGAGGACAUGCGAGUGUCACCGUGUCUCUUUCAAAGAACUUUUGACCUUUUAACCCUGCAAGACAAAUCCUUGCACACGUGAGCUGUGCCGACACUCGCAAUAAGCACAGAGAACACCAGAAAUGCGUAAAAGUCCACACUGAAGCAGGCGAACGAGAGCGAGGAAUCAAGAUAUAGAAAGGGAAUAGCGAAAAAGGGAAACGGUUCGAAUAUAAUUGAGAGGGAUUAUCUUGCCACAAAGUUCAAGGGGACAGUUUCAGAAGCCACACCGAUCAACUUCCAGCUACUUCUGUUCAAUAACAUAAAAAAACACUUAAUCUUCAAGUCCAGACGGACUAACGACUUACAGGACACACUACAGUGUAACUACUGCUGUUGGAGCAGAUUUCCAGCACCUGUGACCUGACAAGUGGGUCUGAGCAGGGUAAUGAGGUUCGCCCGUUUCGGCCAUCUUGGCACCACGUUCGUAUUAACAAGCAGCUCACACGUCCUUCAUCUGACAGUGAAGUGAGCGCAACCUCCAUUAGUGAGAUUAAUGUGCUUCAUCUGCCUUCAUGAACCCGCACUACGAGACACGUUCACUGUGAGUGAACCUCUUCAUCUCAUGUUAUGCAACUUGUUCAGUCAACAAAAAAAAGCCCUGUGGUGUCGUUUUUUUAAAUUUUUGGCAGUUUGGCCACCAGGUUAACACGUUAUAAUGCUGGUAUACCAUGAAUUUUGCAACUUGUAUGGGAGGGGUUGAGAAUACUUUGAAGUGUAUAAUGUAAUGCAGUCAAUAGAAGCAGUUGAUAAGAAACACAAGGAGGACAAAGUGAACAGAAGAGGACUGAACAUGCUGUGGAACAAUGAAUGUGUUAGCGUGGAAAAACAGAGAGGACUGCAAUUUAUUAAGUGCUACUGCGGAAAAAAAGUAGUAGAUAAGAAAAGAAGGUAUAUUUUAUUAUUGUUUUUAAUUUUCUGUUUUCUAUGUUUUAUUCAUGCGUAUUAUUGUGUAUUCUUUUGAUAAACUAGUCUUCGACAACGAGGCUGCGUUCUGUUCUUGAGUGUGCUGCUUUUUGGAAACGUCUGAUCCCGGCCAACAACUUGACAACUACAGACAAGUCUUUGUCAUUUUCGAGGGUGUUGUGGAAAAUGAUGCCUGCCGUUGUAAAAUGGGGAAGUGAGGCAGUACAGGGAACUGCAUUACAGCAGUGCCAUUCACAACAAUGCCAACAUUGAAUAACAAAUCCACACUUAAUAGAAAGUGAUGCAGAAUUGGCUUUUACAAUCAACUGAGUUUAGUUAAUGUUUUUUUAUAAUUUCAUCGUUUCAAAACAUGAAAUUACAGCAAGUAGCGAGGAAUACACGACACUACCACCACAACGUAGCAGUUAUGAGAUUCAUGUUUUAGAUAUGAACACUGUGAAGCUGAAACUUUUCCCUCAAGUCAGCAGAAAUGUUUUGUGUCGUUUGUUGAUGUGACAAGGCCUCUGAAUAACCUCGUCAGCUCAACACUAUGUGUAUCCAACUAUCCGCUGAAAACUACGAGAACGUUGAGGAACACGGUAAUAUAUUUGAUGUGGCUCAAAUUCCUGUAUGCUGGAGGAAAAUAGAUAAUUUGUCCGAUCUUCUCAAUGUUUUCGCAUAAAUAAUGUUUCUGUAAUGUAUCAAAUACAAUCAAAUAAUCAAAAAAUAGGAAAUUGUUCAAACCUUUUACAUAUUCCUAGUUCAAGAUUCAUUUUUAGUUUCAGUUCCUCAUACCUGCUCACAAUUAGCAUUUACAUUUACAGUAAAAAAAAUCCCCUAUGAAUCCAUCCUUAUUGAUCAUAUCAGUAUUACAGUCCGACUGUGUUUAUCUUUAAUACUACAUCACAUUGUGUUUAUAUGUAUGUAUUGUUUUCUCACAUAAAAAAGUAAAAUAUGUACGUUCUUAAAGUUGUUCGCCGUCUUCUUGCACUAAAGGAUGUGACUUAUUAUGGCAUUCCUGCUUAUUCUUCAUUUUCUCACGCCUCUUUGGGACCUUUGACCCCAUCAGACAAACACCUUGUCCACUCAUUGAGUCCUAAUCUGCUCCAUGGAUGCCGGGUUGCUUUUAACUCCCUGUGUACAUUUGUUUUGUCCAUAUUUUUAGACUCUCUUGCGGUUACUUUAUGGCACAAGCCGCGUGACUUCAGCUCUUCUCUAUAACACAUAUAUAUACACAAUGCUCCUGCAGCUUUGCUUUACCUUCAACAACUUUUAGCACUGAAAGUCAAGCGCACAUUCAUUGUUAAGUAGAUAACCCAUCUAAUGAUCCCAUUACCUUUAGCCGCUCACAGUUGAUUGGA